CACACACACGAAUGUGCAAAAUUUUCGUUUUUCACCUAAGUACACCACUUAAUAUAUCCCAGUCAUUACUUUACUCUGCCACAACCACGAAUGUGAUAGGAGGCUAAGAGAUGGUGGGGUGGACAUGUGCACUUUCACGGAAGUCAGUCUGCUUUGUUCACUUGUAAUGCGUGCUUCGCGAAUGUACCACAUUCGUGUUUGUGGCAGUGUAGUAAUUUAGUUAACCGGCGAAGUGCAUAUCGCGAAAGUGACACUAUCGUGUUUGUGGCGGUGUAGAUUUUGCAUUUCUUUUACAUUCGUUGUUUUGUUUUUACUAAACAUUUCUCAGUUUUAUGUGUAAAAAUGAACGCCCGCACAGCUAAAAUAUUUAAAAACUUAAGUGAGUCACGUCUGGAUUCACCAAAACAGCAUGAACAGCAGAUCUCAAAGAAAACGAAUGACGAAUACGACACCCAACAAAAAAAUGAACCCGGAACAUCAAACGUUUUUGCUUCUAUACCAAAUAAUGAAGAAAUACUGUGUCCAACGGUUUUAGAGAACCAACUAGAAACACAACCUCUAGUAGAGAUUUCCGGCAACUCCAGUAGGGGACUGACGUUCCAUAGCGAACUAGAUUCAAACAAGAGUAACUCUUCAUCAGAUAACUAUAAUCCUGAAGAGGACUCAACUUCUAGCAGUUUUUCCAGCUCUACUUGUUCGAGCUCUAGCGAUACAUCAGAGUCAGAGGAUCAAAAUGAAAUGAAGAAAAUAAAUUAAGUAAGUUAUUUAUAAAGGUUUGGUUUGGAGUUGGAGUCCAGCCAACCUAAAAAGGGGACAUUAAAUGGUGGCCGGUUAAAAUUUGCACUGGCAAAUUUUUUGUGUAGUUACAAUACACAAAGAUAUUUUUUUAAAAAUUAAUAGACAAUCCACAAUUACGGGCCAAUUU